AAGAACGAGCGAAGAAGCUGCGCAGUACGAUCAGACGGAGCACGGAGACGGGUAUCGCUGUGGAGAUGAGGAACCGGGUCACGCGACAGGGCAGCAAGGAGUCCACGGACGGUAGCACCAACUCCAACAGCUCUGACGGAACGUUUAUCUUCCCUCCUACUCGUAUGGGUCCAGAGAGCCAGUUUAGUGACUUCCUGGAUGGACUAGGCCCCGCCCAGAUCGUAGGCCGACAGACACUAGCCACUCCCUCCAUGG